AUGCUAGGACAGUGGGUAAUCUGGCUGGACAUUGAAGAACAAGAAAACCUCAUAACUGCAUUAAUCAACUCACAAAUGACCAUGUGGAUUAUCGCAAUUCGACACAUCGCCGAGUCUGCACUUGCUUUAGAUCUAGAACACACUUUAACGGAGAUGAAAGGGGCCAUUUCAGGGUUGGUUAUUGCCGGGAGUACCGAUCUUCGAAUCGGAGCCGCAAACUUUCAAGCCGUCGUCUAUGAAUGGCGUAGUAGCGCGGGAUCUUUCAUGAUGAUUCUUCAACCGUUUUUGUAUCGCAGUUUCGAUUCGUAUUUAUUGAUUCCGGACAGUUGUCGGCAUCUGGAGAUGUUUAAAUCGCCCGUUGCGUGGCUGUACAUCUCCUUUCUCGCUUAUACCCGGCUAAAAACGGUUUGGGAUUUCGUUGGGUUUAUUGGAUCAAUUUCUCGAGGCCUGCUUCGAUGGGUACACAAGUACACAAUUUCCGAGGAUGGUGGAGAUGGCAGAGACGUCGGGAUAGGAGCCGAGGGAGAUGUGGUUAUUGGAGAAUCGCAGUGUAACGAUUCGUUGGUUACUCCACGCUCAAGUCGGAGGAUUAAAAAAGCGACGCAAAAGGACGGUCGAAAAGUCGGUUCUAAAGAUAGAUUAUGUGCCGAAUCUGUAUUAGAGGGUGGCACAUGUGGCGUAUAA